AUGAUGCGCCUGCCGCCGGCGCCGCGCGCCCUGGCAGUGCAGCUGCUGCGCGAACCGGACGGCGCGGUGGCGGCCGUGCAGGGCGGCCUGCCGUACGCGGAGCGUCAGGAGGUGACCGUACGGCUUCCAGCGGGGGAGCGGUACUCGCUGGAGGUCCGAGACGAUGGCGAUGAUGCGCUGCUGCUUUUCGCGUCGGAUGUCGGGGCUAUCGACGCAACGCUUGGCAGCUCCCCCUUGGAGCUCACAGCCACCGUGCAGCUGCAGCCAUUGGACCUGCAGGCGCGCUUCACGCGGCUGGCAUGGAGCGGCGGGCGCGUCAUGGCGCCCGGCGAGGCGGCGGAGGCCGAAAUUGCAGUCAUUGGUGCCAAGCUGGCCGUGUGGACGAGAUCCAGCGAUGGAUCCGAAGGCGGCCUGCCCUGGUUCAGCCGCUACACGGACGAGGAGGGCUUCGGGCUGUUCUUUCUUCCCAUCAACUCCGACGAGUUCUGGUGCAACUUCACGCUCGGGGACACCCUGCUGGCCAGCCAGCGGCUGCAGGCCCUGGACUGGCAGGGCGCCCUGCCGAGCGCAGAGUCGCUGCAGCCGCCGACGCAGCCCGUCGACGCCGACAGGAAGCUGCUGUGCACCGGUGACCUGGAGGAGGUCCGAGUGUCACCGCGGCCCGCCGCCGGCGGCUCGACCACAGGCGGCUCCUUCCCGCCCGCCAACUCAGCUGGGGCGUACGCACCCCCGACUCCCUGCUGGUGGGCGAAGGGGACCAGCUGA